UGUUGUUCGCUGGGUGUGUAAAGGUGUGCACUGAGUAGCAAUUUCCUGAUAGCUUCGGCCUGGGCUCAGCCAGGGUAAGGCAGGGGUAGCCAAUGUGCACAUAUAGCUUGUGGGACAGUCUCUGAGUGGCGCUACUGUGCCCAUGGCAUAAAGUCACCCCCAGUAGGAGUAGGGGCUCCCCCGCACAUGGAACGAGAAGGAACGUGGAACUAGAGGAGCAGAGCGAUGUGCGCCGCCUGGGGCCUGUGCUGUCCCUCCGGGAUAGUGAUGCUGGGAGUCCUGCUCACUGGGCUACUCACACACCUGGCAGAUUCUGUAUACAUCUCCCUGCAACCUAAAGACAAUAUAACUAUAUUGAUAAAGCCCGGAGAUGUUAUCCCUCCACCAUCAAGCUGUUAUAUAUGCCUUUCAAAAACUAACUGUAAGAGUACUACUCUAGAAAUCCGUCCUGGGAUGACUGUGGAUUACAGUUUUGCCUGCUCCACUCCAGAGAAAUUUUAUGUUAUGGAAAUUCAGAAAAGAAUAGAUUGCAACACUGGUUUGUGUCCCUUUGGAAAAGUGCAGCUUGAACCUUCUGGCUUGAGUGGAUUAAACCGAACCUUCUUCUGGCAUGUAGAAGCUGCUCGAAAUAUGGGCAUUGAGCUAAAUUUUUCCACUCCAUGGCUGAGUCAGAUUGACCCGUCAUAUAAAUGUCCGGAUUUAAUAACUUACAGAGUCAGCACUUCAGUGGGCAGAUCUUCCAUUAACAUUGGAACUUUCUGUCGAAGUGGAACAGUGUCUCGCAUCAAGGUCCAAGGUGGAGGUGUUGUUGCUCUAGAAUUACCCUGGAAUGAAACAUGGACUGAGUCUGGAUUCAGCAUAGCAAAUCGAUCUUCCAUUAGAAGAUUAUGCAUUAUUGAGUCUACUUUCCUUAGCGAGUCAUUUGCCAUUCUCAUGUCUGCGCAUUACCCGGUGGGAUUCCCAAAUGAUGACCUCAUGACUUGGCAAUUUGUCGUACCAUUUCAUCAUAGUGCCACUGUGGAAUUUUUGAAUUAUACAUCUCCCAGCUGUGACAGGAAAGAUGAGCGGGUGGAAUAUUAUUUACCGAAUUACAAAUAUAACCCCGAAGUUUUACCGCUAGAUGGUAAGCAGCCUGCCAAUAUAGUGGGGAACUUCAACUUAUCCUUGCAGAACUGCGACUUGGACAGUCAAAACCAACAAGGCCUAACCUUACUUUUCAAGGUCACCGUUCAGCAAACCCCAACCCAAGGAACUAGAAUUUACAACAUUGAUUUAACAAAGGAAAAGGAUAUAACAGUGAACAUAAAGCAGAGGCUUUUGGGGACCACCUGUAAAAUCUGCAAGGCGCAAAUGGACUGCAAUGAGGAGUUCACAAUGACAGGAGGAGCGUUCCACAGAAUUUCUUUCCUCUGUUAUGAUCUGAGUGUUUUGAUGACAACAGUUGUGAAAACUAUAGCUUGUUGGGAUCUUAAAACCUGCAACAUAAACAAUGAGCCCCUUUCUAUACACGCAUCUUUGCUACAGCUUCCUACUCAAGUGGAAAUCACCUGGAAUUUAGUGGCUCCUAAACAUAUCAGUACUGAAAUAGCAUCCAGCUCCAUGAAACUACAGCAGGCUGUCUCAGGCAAACCAUGCAACUCCACUGAUUUAGGCUUCCUGUAUAACAUUGUCAGCUCUGACAACAAGAGCAAUUUUCAGAUUGGAACAUUCUGCCCUGUUGGACCAAUCGAAAAAGUGCAGUUAAGAGAUAAUGUUACCAUCACCCUGAGUUUACAAAGUAAGGCAAAUAUCAGCCAUCUCCUGAAACAGGACCUGCGUGUUUCUUUCGUCUCUCGGAUUGAAGAGGAAUGUAUAAUUACGGUCGUUCCAGCUCCUGACUCUACAGUGACUUUACAGACCCCUAAUUGGGACGACGGACUGCCAGAUACUGUGUCUGUUUCAUGGAACAUAGGAAUGCCUGCCAAGCAGUUUGGGAAGUUAGCAUUUGCAAAAGAUAGAAUGGACAUUAUGUGCGAAACUGGACGUGCCUUUAUUAAUAUAAAGGAACAGAAAUCUUCUGGGCCAGAUAUUGUUCUAAAAGAUUAUGAUACCUUUCCCAGCUCUAUUAAUCUUUUCUACCCUUUCUGGUUUAACAUCACUAACUGCAAGCCGAAGUCCCGAUCACAGAAGCUUCAAAUCCAAUUUUCUGUUAUGUUCACUCAAACUAAAUCAGGUCUGGCAACAAUAUUAAUUGCAGCUGGUGGUGCUAUUGCAGCAGUUAUUUUUAUUAUUGGAGUAGCUGUUUGCUGUGCCAGAAAAAAGAAAAAGGAGAAAAAAUCCCCAGUCGGUAUAUACAAUGCUAACGUGAAGAUAGAACUUUCAAAGCGCCAGCGGAUGCAGAGAAAAGGGAGAAAACAAAAAGAGUCCCAUGUCUAUGCGGUCAUUGAUGAUACAAUGGUUUAUGGUCAUUUGAUGAAAGACACUUCUGGUUUGGCCAGUCCAGAGGCAAAUGUGGAUGUGUACCAGCCAUUUCAAGGCCCUAUGGGUGAAGCUCCACCUGUUCCACCGCUUAAUCGUAUCAGCAAAGAUAAAGUUAAUGAGGAUUCAUUUGCCUCUUCCAUAAGACUUAAUGAAUUUUACUCUUUUACUAAAUCAGAGUUUAAUGAACCUGUAGAACAUGAAGACACAAGUAUGAUGGCCGAACAGGGAAAUGGACCUGUGGUAUCUGCAUGAUAGAGAUAUUGGUUAGUUAUGGAUCUUAUUGCUACAGGGAACUAAAACGAGCAGUAUCUGCUUUUAGGGUGGUUCCAUUUUUAAACAGGAUAACUUCUCAUCAAUGUCAGUGUUUCUGUAAGCCAAUAACAACACUUUACUUGCCAUUGGCUGGUGUUAAUUUAAUAGACAUUCUAGUAUACUGCAACAAGUAUGACUAUGCAGGUUAGGAUUUUAAUUUUAACUUUUUCAUUUGGAUAGUAAAAUGCAUACAAUUCUACAGGAAAAUUACGCUUUAUCCCAUGAAAUGGCAGAAAACAGCUUGUUAAUGUUUUUAAUUGUGCAUCCUGGAGUAGAUGUUGACACCUAGCAGGACAUUAUUGAGGUAGAUAAGGAGAGAUUUUUUGGAUCUCUUAUACAUGAGUAAUAUAAAAUAAUUUAAUCCCUGAAGGAAACCAUUGAAGUAAGUGUAAAAGUUCUGCGUUUUUAGUUGUUUGCCUUUUUCUUUAUUUAUUGUACUUCAGUGGUUUCGCUAAGACUCCUGUCACACAUGGGCUUGUUUACGUUUUAUCUGCUCAAUUUUUCUUAGGCAAUGCCUUGAGAAUUUUAACCGAUAAGUUCCCCUUUAUAAUUAGAGGAAGUUGACCAUAAGUAUGGCACACAGGCAGUAUGGCAUGCUCAUCAGCAGAUUAUACUCGGUUCUGCAUAUUAAUGGAAUCUGUGCUAUACUUAUACCCACUGAUUAUGAGGGGAAUUGUUACCAAUUAUUUCAAUAAUUAUGCUGAGAUUUGUCCCCUGAUGAUGCAGUCACCUGCCCAAAGAUUCUCUCUUUAGCUGUAUUGCCCCACCAUGUGUAUGGCUAAAUUGGAGCACAUCAUUGCAGCAUCUUAACUCCAGUGUAUAAAAUUAGGUAUUUCAUUAAUUGAUGUGUUUGCCAAAUUUGCCAUUUCAAAGGCCAGUCUUUAGGGUAUUCUAAUUUUUGCUUAUUUUAUCUGCAUUCAAAUAUACGUGAUCCAGGUAUAUCUGAAAAGUUGACACUCCCAACUAGAGGUACUGUAAGUAUACAUGUCCUGUGAAAUGAGCUAAUAUGUAUUCUUUUAAUGGCUUGUACUGUGGCAAAUUUACACAUGACAAGUUGCACAUGAACUUGUAUGUACAUUUUGUAAAGUUGUUGUCAUUAAUGCAAACUGUGUUUGAGAAUCAAUCUGUAUUUAGAUUUAAUUAAAGGAACAGUAACACUAAAAAAUGAAAGUGUAUAAAAGUAACUAAAAUAUAAUGUGCUGCUGCCCUGCACUGGUAAAAGUUAUGUGUUUACUUCAGAAAGUCUACUAUAAUUUAUAUAAAUAAGCUGCUAUGUAGCCAGCCAUUCAAAGGAGAAAAGGCACAGGCACAUAGCAAAUAACAGAUAAAACACUAUUGUAUUCUACAGGACUUAUCUGUUAUCUGCUAUGUAACCUGUGCCUUUUCUCCUAUUUUCCAGCUUGAAUGGCUGCCCCCAUGGCUACACAGCAGCUUAUUAUAUAAAUUAUAGUAGUGUUACUGUAGCAAACACACCAGUUUUACCAGUGCAGGGCAACAGUGCAUUAUAUUUUUAUUACUUUAAAGCUCUUUCAUUUUUUGGUGUUACUGUUCCUUUAAAAGCUUUUUUUUAUAUGUAAAUUAUUUGGCCCAUGACUAGUUGUGGAGCAUGCUCCAUAUACCCAAAUGUAGAAGUCCAACCCAGGAUCUGCAGGGUUUGUGCAGUAACAGAAGAAAUUUCUGUGGAUAUCUUAGGGCAUGUUAUAAAUAAAUAGAGCUUUUUUUCUGUUUGCAUAAGGUAUUGCAUAAAGUGUGCUGUCUGAAAUAUAGAUCUGGAAUUUAUAUGGUGUUGCUAAAUAAAAAUUUUGACUGCUGUUUUGUA